AAAGGAAAAAGGAAGAGAAGGAAAGAGAGGAGGAAGAGGAUUGUGGGGGCGCCUCUCCUCCUCCCUGGUUUGUGGGAGGCUGGCAGUAGGACCUGAGCUCUCCUCCCUUCAGCUGCAGCCUUUGCCCAGAGCCCAGGAUCCUCCUCCUCCUCCUCCAUCACUCCAAGAGAGAGAGAGAGAUUCAACAGGAGAGAGAAGAGAGAGGACCAGGCUGCUGCUGCUGCUGGUGCUGCUGCCGCCGGUGGAGAGAAGAAGAGCCAAGGACCGGCUCUGCGCUGGGGCUGCCUUCUUCCCAGCAUCAUCUUCCAUCCCUGCAUCCCUGCCUCAUCCCUGGUCCUUCCUCGCCUGGUUCCCCAUCUGCCUGGCUGCCAUGGCCAAGGAAGGGGCCGAGAAAGCGGAGGAGACGGAGCAGAUGAUCGAGACGGAGGCGGCCGAGGGAGGAGGCCCCAGGGCCGGCGGGGAGGCCAAGGAGAUGCGCGCCGUGGUCCUCUCCGCCUUCGGGGGGCUCAACAAGCUCCGGGUGGCCAAGAAGCUCAUGCCCGAAGCCCAGGAGGGAGAGCUCAAGAUCCGGGUCAAAGCCUGUGGAUUAAAUUUCAUUGACCUGAUGGUUCGGCAGGGGAACAUAGACAAUCCACCCAAAACACCACUUGUCCCUGGAUUUGAAUGCUCUGGAAUUGUAGAAGCUGUGGGUGACAAUGUGAAAGGCUACGAGAUUGGAGACAGAGUCAUGGCUUUUGUCAACUACAACGCCUGGGCAGAAGUUGUGUGCACACCGCUCGAAUUUGUGUACAAAAUCCCCGACGACAUGAGCUUCUCAGAAGCUGCUGCCUUCCCUAUGAACUUUGUAACGGCAUACAUGAUGCUCUUUGAAGUUGCCAACCUGCGAGAAGGCAUGUCGGUGCUAGUUCACUCAGCCGGGGGUGGAGUGGGACAAGCUGUUGCCCAGCUCUGUUCAACGGUCCCCAAUGUUACUGUCUUUGGAACAGCUUCCUCCUUCAAGCACGAGGCAAUCAAAGACUCUGUAACCCACCUCUUCGAUCGAAAUGCAGAUUACGUCCAGGAGGUUAAAAAAAUCUCGCCAGAUGGUGUAGACAUCGUCCUGGAUUGUCUUUGUGGAGAAAAUACAGGCAAAGGUCUCAGUCUUCUCAAGCCACUUGGGACUUACAUUUUAUAUGGCUCAUCAAACAUGGUUACUGGGGAAACGAAAAGUUUCUUCAGCUUUGCAAAAUCGUGGUGGCAAGUGGAGAAAGUGAACCCCAUCAAGCUGUAUGAAGAAAACAAAAUCAUGGCUGGAUUUUCUCUCUUAAACCUGCUUUUCAAACAAAACCGGAGUGGGCUGAUACAUAACAUAGUGGACAAACUCAUAAAACUGUACAAUGAGAAGAAGAUCAAACCACGAGUGGAUUCACUCUGGGCACUGGAAGAGGUGAAGGAAGCAAUGCAAAGAAUCCAUGACAGAGGCAAUAUAGGAAAAUUGAUUUUGGAUGUGGAGAAGACACCUACCCCAUUGAUGGCCAAUGACAGUACAGAAACCAGUGAAGCUGGUGAAGAAGAGGAAGAUCAUGAGGGGGACACUGAGAAUAAAGAGCGUAUGCCAUUCAUCCAGCAAUAGCUGCGAAUGGUGGGAAUGAAAGCCAGGAGCAACGACAGAGCAGAAGAAGGGAAGAAGGCUGGGAAAAUCCAUUUUGUGCACCAGUGAACAAAUGCUCUAGUACAGUGUGUGUUGUUGUUUUUUGUCUGCAGUCAGCUGAGCUGUAAGCUGUUGAUCAUUGAUGUUUUGAACUCAAGUGCCAUUCCCACCCAGUACAGUAUUAUGACAUUCCUUCAUGUGUUCCUCACUUUGCCUGUGACUGUCCUAUUGAGUUAUCCUCUAAAGCCUUAUUAAUUCGGGGGCAGAAACCUCUUCUCAUGUGGUUUCAAAAGCAACGUGAUCAAGCCAGUUUAGAAGGUUUGUAGGCUGGUACAGUGAAUUUUUUUAAUGAUGUGGAUAAAAAAAGGAUCAAAUGGUGAGCUCACACUUUUCCACUGGGGUUGUCAUUUUCUGGAGGUGGAAAUGGAAAUGCACAUUCAUUUUUGGCAUUGUGCAUUUGAUGUUGUGUAAUUUGGCAACACCAAGUAUACAUACAGGCAAAAGUAGGUUUGAUUUUGAUGCAAACGGUUUUCCUUUAAAGGAUGGCAUGAAGUGGGCAUGAAGUGGCCCUCCAGGCAAAUGCGUCUUUGCCUAAGGCAUGCAUUAUUCCUUAUUUCAGGAGUGGAGACUUUUGCACUAUAAUUCCUGUAAUUCCUUGCCAUAAUCGAGUGAUGGUUUUGAUUCCAAAACAUGUGAAGGAUUAAAGAGUCCCUACCCCAGUUUAUGUGCGUUGUGCAACAAAGCUGAGACACCCACUCUCUCCACUACAAAAUGGCAAUAUUUAAUUGGGCAACUUGCAGUCCUACAUAUUUUUAUUUUUAUUUUUGGCCUAUAAAUCCCAUCAACCUGAGCCAGCAUAGCCAAUGGUGUGGAAUUAUGGGAGCUGCAGUCCAAAAACCUCCAGUUGCCCACUCUUGCUUUUAACUGGCUUUUGAGUGUGAACCAGCCCAACAUUAAUGAUAGCUCGAUGUGCAUAAAGAUGCACCUAUGUCAAACUGCCUAGAGUACAGAAGUAAAUCUGUACAUUCAUCUGCAUAGAGAUUCUGGAGAGAAUUCAUUUUUUUGAGCCACAAAGUAAGGCUGCUGAUAGGACAGUCGUCCAUCCAUCCAUCCAUCCAUCCCAUUCCCUAGUGAUGCUUCAUCUCAUAAACAAAUAAGUCCCUCUUAAUUUCUCAAGAAAAAGAAAAUACCUCAUUUGUACUAUAUUGUUUGUUGUACAAAGAAAUAGACUAGAAAGAUACUGAGAAGCACUGAUUGGUAUAGUUAUAUUACAGUAGUGGCCAGAAACUCACUAGUGAACUGAAAAGUGAUUCUGUCAUGGUGCCAACAAAUAGUUACUAUUGGUUUAGGUUUCUGUUACCUUAUACAGAAAACCCUCUACAGGAUAACAUCCUGAAAGCUCUUUUAUCACAAAGAAACAUAGAAUUUCCUCUGGAAAAAAGGUGCACUCUAACUAUGAUUUAGAGGCUUUUCAACCCAUUUGGACAAAUCUGAGUUUGUUGAUCCAGCAUCCAGGCUUCCGAAUGGGGCUGACCUAUUUUUCCUAAGCCCCGAGUAAUUUUUUCCCCUGAAUCCAAAGCUUUUUCUGGUACGCUGUUCUAAAUAGAAACUGUGCCAGAACCCAGGGGAAAAAAUCCUAGGCCACAAUGCCUUGCCCUUCCACAUUAGUACCGCGCAUCAAUGCCUGUGUAGUUCAAAGAAGACAUGCCUUAAUUAUUAACGAAAAUACCUUAUACCUGUCUAGUUGAACCAUUAAAUUUAACACCAUUUUCCUCCCAAGGACAGUGCAAGGGAAGGGUGGGUGGGAUAACAUUUGCUAACGUUUUCCUGACAUGGACAAGAAUGGAUGAGUUUGGAUGAACAUGGUAUGCCACUUUCAGUAAUCUCAUCCUGUUACAUUUUCUAAUUUCCCUCCAUUUGUAUUCUAUGUACAACUGUGUUUAUGUAGUCGUUAAAAACAAACGGCCUUGGACCGUAAAUCACUAUACGGAGAUCCUACUGGAGUUUAAUUUAAAUCAGCAAAGCUACAAAUACAAGCAAAUUAAUUUAAAGAAGAAAAAUGCCAAACCCCAGGAGCAAGAGGGAGGUAGAAGGAUCUGUUGUCAAAUGAUAGAGGAAGAAGGGAAAAAACGACAGCCAGAUUUGUAUGCACAAUGUAGCAUAAUUGCAUCAUUUUUGCAUCUUCUUUCGCCACCGUUGCUCAUGUCGAGCAAAAGUGCCAUAGUAGGCUGCACUCUCCAGUUGGCCUCGAAGCAGUUUUAAUGAGGUAGGCCAAGAAGAAGGUGCGGGUUGAAGAAACCCAUAGCAUUUAAUGGGCAAAGAAGUCUUAGCUGUAGUGAGGAGAUGUCCGUGGCAGAGUAUCUGCUAUUUCCCAAGCCCUGCCUGCCUGCUUUAGCACCAUCCUGACAGCAGACCUUCAUUAUGGUCAUUAUUUCCCCACCCACUUAAACUAACACUUCUGCCACAUUGCAGAAUUAAUGCAGUUUGGCACCACUUUAACGGCCAUGGUUCCAUCCUGUGGAAUCUGGGGGUUUGUAGUUUGUUGUGUCACUGGAGCUCUCAAGUGGAGAAGGCUAACUAGCUCACAAAACUACAAAUCCCCAAAUUCCAUGGCAUUGAGGCGUGGCAGUUAAAGCACUGUCAAACGGCAUUAAUUCUGCAGUAUAGAAGCAGCCUUGGUUGUGGUUGUGACACUAUUGCCAUGACAGUAACUCCCAUCCAAACCCAUUUUCCUGGGUAUCAACUGCUUGAGGACAAGAAAAUCCAUUCUGCCGACAAGUAGUAUAUGAAUGAAUGGCAUUUCCAUCACAUUUGGCCAGGCUGAGCAGUAGAGACUACUUAGUUUAUAUGACUAAUACAGGAUUCCAGCCAUUAGACCUGGGAGAAACCAAAAAUGGCAGACGUUUACUGCUGGAAUUGGCCUUGUGUUAAAGUAAUUAUGUACAUUACUUUUCUGCAUGGUACACACAUUCCUCAAGCCCCUAUGUCAACUAAUGAGCAUUAGUUCUUGCUACACCCUGCUUCCCUUAUUAAUACUUUGCCUGAGCAAUUUUUAAAUUACUUUUCAGCUCCGCAUUCCCAGGUGAGCCAAAGCUAUCCAAAAGAAUACACACAUACACACACACCAACCAUAGCCACAAAAAAGGCAGAGAGCAAAUGUUGUUCUUUGGCGUGAGUUUCCUCAAAAUAGCUGCCUGACAAGAAUCAAGAUAAUCCACUUUCCCUUGUGUAAUCUAAUGAAGCAAUGAAACCAGAAGCCUGUUUGGCACCAGAUCCGGGGUGUUGCAAAUCCACUUUGGAAAUGCCUUGAAAGGGUUUGUAUUUCACUUGCUUAAUGCUAUAUAAUUUUCCCAGGGGUCAAUUCUUGUUGGUGAAGGUCCUAACCAUGCUGAAUUUGCUCUUUUCUCUCUCAUUGGUAUUCACAGAAUCCAGUUAUGAUAAUAGGAGAUACUGGUUGCCCCGCGAAGUGAAAUUCACACACACAUUCACAUACAGAGAGAGAUAGUUUGAUCUCAUUCUGAGUUCUGAAGCAAUCAAGGGAAAAGAUGGAAAGAAGGAUGUUCACUUAGAGAUCCCAAUGGUUGGAAUCAAUCCAGAAGGUUUUCAACCUCUAGGACCUAAUCUAGAGUUUAAAAUGAAAGAUAUUUUUCCUACAGUGAAAACCUAGUAUUCAUUGCAAGUGGGAUCAAGCCUAUGUUCAUUCAUGUAGGCAGAUCCAUGCAUAGAUUCACCCUGAAUUCUGCACUCCAUAACCUUUGGCUAUCUUGCAUAUUCUUUGCCCCCUUCUCUCAAACUCCUCACACAAAAUGUCAUGAUGAGUAAAAUGCCCAACACUGAGUGAAAUGUCCAACAUUGAGAGCACUCCAAGAUCAUGUCCUUUCUCAUUGAGAUGGAUGGAAAAUCAAAAUCAGAUCAUGUUAUGUCAUAUUAGUAUGGAUCAGAUGCACACUUAGAAUUCAUCUAUUCCACAUUGAAUCAGUGUGAUAUACAAGGGGGAUAGCUGCUAGUCUGAAUGCUCCUCUCGAAUUUAAAAAUAUCAAUACAAACCAACACACAAUAUGUGAAAAGUAGGUCCAGGUCUAGCCUCUGUUGGUAUGGUAGGUGUCCAUAUGGAGGAUCAUCUGAUAUGGCAGAACAGUCAAGAAUGCAACUUAGUUGCAUGCGUUUAGAAGUGGUACAGUCUGGCAGGCACUAUGGCCUGUGUUAUUGUUUCUCUCAUAUAUAUAUAUAUAUAUAUAUAUCAUCUUAAAAUAAUAAUUUUGACACUGGCCCCAAAUUCCUAAGGACAAAGCAUAGAAUCAUCUUUCAAGGCAGCAGAAAGCCUUUGCAAAAACAAACAAAACAAGAUUAGCACAAUCAAUAUUAUUGAUAUUAAGGGGGAUGGCAUCCUUCUGUACCUCUCUUUAUCACUGGACCACUGUCUAACUGUUUGCUCUCACUAAGCGAAAGCAAAAUAUUUCCCAAUUUGGAUUACAGAACUGUGAAGGCCUCUCUUGAACGUCUGCCUGAAUGAAGUGGACUGAAACAUUUGUUUUAAUUGUUACUCGUUGCUUUAGAGCUUUUGUUAUAUUGUGCCUACCAAGCAAAUGAUGUUUACAUAAAAAAUAUAAAUAAAAUAUUAAGCAUAGCA